AUGUUAGGUUGCGUGGCCAACCUAUACGAGAGCAUUGAGAGUCUAAACGAAACAUAUAUACAACCCAACCAGAGCAAAGACACCCUUCUCAAGCCAAGAGCCCCUGCUUCCAUUCCUCUCUUGUCCCUCAACGAUGGACAAACUGAAGCUGUUUUCUACCGGUGCUGCUAUGGUCGCAAUUGUAACUGUGUAUCUGAUGACCGUAGGGCAAUAUGUCCUCAGUGCGGGAAUGCCAUGACCAUCAGCCUGAAAUAUGUUGCUCCCCCAGCAGCGCAAGAAGCAAGUGCAGGGGACGAAGGGGGAUUUGUCAAGGGUGUCGUGACCUAUAUGGUUAUGGAUGACUUGGUGGUGAAGCCCAUGUCUACUAUCUCUAGCAUUGCACUGCUUAACAAGUUUAAUGUGAAGGAAAUAGAAGCCCUUGAGGAGAAGGCGGUGAUUCUUGGCAUGAAUGAGGCACUGAAGUUGCUGAAGACAUCUCUGGAGUCCAAGAGCGUACUCACAAAUGUCUUCAUGAAGAGUGUGGGAAAAUAA